GUAAUGGGAAUGUAUUUGUCUUUAUUCACUUGCUUCAUUCUGCUAUGCAGAUACAACAGUUCUGCCCAUGCAAAGUUGACAUGUGAAUGCCCACAGUGCUGUCUAUCCUGUCUCCAGUGCGCAUGCGCAGAUGGUUGACGUGCGCUGGGCGCUGAAGAAAAAGAACAGCCGGCGCCAUGCGCUUCCAUCAGACUCGCUGAGCAGAGAACUCUCAAGUGUCAAAAUAUAGAUGUCCUGGGAAUGUGAGAGCGUCACAUUUCCUUCGGUCCAAGCCGGCGAGAGAGCCAAGGGAAAAAGCGACUGGAAUGAAACUACAGGGUGGCGUUUAUUUCAGUUUCGGUUGUGGAUAGUUGUGGUAAAGUUGCAGGGUGAUACUGUGAGCAGGGCACAGAGGUGGCAUUAGUACAGCGCUAUACAACAGCGUGAAACAUGGAAGGGGAGUCAAAGGAAAGCGAAAACCUGGAGCGAGAACGGCAGUAUUGCGAGCUGUGCGGGAAAAUGGAGAACCUGAUGAAGUGCGGACGGUGUCGCAGCUCGUUCUACUGCAGCAAAGAGCACCAGAGACAGGACUGGAAGAAGCACAAGCGCGUGUGCAGGGAAGCCGACAAGCCGCAGACCGCUGGACAGUGCAGCGCGACACAAUGUAACACUUCUGAGAAGCCGAAACAAUGUAACACUUCUCAGAGCGACUCUUCCCUUGUGACGUCAGCCGGCGAAGGCAUGCGAGAUUUUAUCAAGUCCGCCACUGGCUCGGAUACGGUGUCUGACACCAAACCGCCCGGUGACGGCGUGUCCAACAGUUCCAAACCCAACGGACAGACGCGGUACCCGCCGCAGAAACUGGCCACGGACUAUAUCGUGCCCUGCAUGAACAAGCACGGCAUCUGCGUGCUGGACAACUUCCUCGGGGACGAGACCGGACGCGGCAUUCUGGAGGACGUCCGAGCCCUCUACCUGACCGGCGGCUUCACGGACGGACAGCUGGUCAGUCAGAGGAGCGACUCGUCCAAGGACAUACGGGGGGAUAAGAUCACCUGGGUGGAGGGCAAAGAGCCGGGCUGUGAGCGGAUAGCGUUUCUCAUGAGCCGCAUGGACGAUCUGAUCCGACACUGUAACGGCAAUCUGGGCGACUACAGGAUCAAUGGAAGGACAAAAGCAAUGGUGGCAUGUUACCCUGGCAACGGGACAGGAUAUGUACGGCAUGUGGAUAACCCUAAUGGAGAUGGGAGAUGUGUCACAUGCAUAUAUUACCUGAAUAAAGACUGGGAUGCCAAGGAACAUGGUGGGCUUUUGCGGAUCUUUCCAGAGGGAACAGCUCAGUUUGCAGACAUUGAGCCCAAGUUUGACAGGCUUCUGUUGUUUUGGUCAGAUAGAAGGAACCCACAUGAGGUCCAACCAGCUUAUGCUACCAGGUAUGCCAUAACAGUGUGGUAUUUUGACGCUGAUGAGCGAGCCCGAGCUAAGGAGAAAUAUCUAACAGGUGCAGGUGAACGGGGCGUGAAAGUGGAGCUAAACAAGCCGUCUGAGCCCAGCUAGUGAACGAGGGAUUAAUGAAAAGAAGUGGACAUGGUGGACCUCCAGAGGGCUGCUGCCAGCUGCUGAGAAAGGGACGAGGAGAGGGGGAAAGAGAGUCAUUAAUCGACUUUCUUAUUCACCUCUCCGGCCAUCAUCUGUAAGGGACUCUGAAUGUUAUAGAGAUGUGCUGUGAAGACAGACAUACCUUAACAUGCUUUGUGUUUACUUUAUGGAACAUGCUGGCUUAUAUGAGCAUAGGAUGGACAGAAUACUAAGAUUAAGGGUGUGUGGUUAUUUUAAGCAUUGACCCCAAACCUUACAGUUUUUCCACCACGUUCCCAUCAGCUUCGUCUUUGCACAUUUAAUAGUAAAGGUACAGUUUUGACUGGCAGUGCCACAAGCUACAUACAAAAAACACUCUGGAAUGUACUGUAUGUACUAUUCUGCCAAAGAGUCACUGUUAAAUAUUGGAUUUGUGUUUUUGUAUGGUUCGUAAUGCAGUUUCCCAGGCUCUCCUAAUUGGAGCUACAUGGAACAUGCGUCUUUAUCAUGGCUUGCACCUGUUGCUUAGUAACCAGGUGUGUUGCUGGAUUGUGUUUGCCAGUAAUCAGCAAAUAUGUCUGUUGUUGCAGACGUUAUGUCUCUGUUGUCUCAUGUCUGUCUAACAGCUCUGAGUUUUAAAUAAAAAAAUUUUUUU